UCAGCAAAUCCGCGCAAAAAAAAAAAAAAAAACCCAAAAUCCAUAUUUAAAAAACCCUAACUGGUGAACCUUCUCGUUAAAAUAAUCUAAAACAUCUCUGAUUGUUUUCAUAUUGCAAAGUUUAUAGCUUUUGUGUUGCAGAUAUAUAUAGAGGGAUCUGAGGCGCGACAAUUUAACGAUGGCAAUGGAAGUGGAAGAAAUGGAGAAGGCGCGAAUCAGGAAACGGCCUCGUCUUGGUUGGGACGUGGCACCGUCUCGUCCAGAGGCGCAACGAGCUUUGGUGACAUCUCGGCGUUCUUCACCGCCCAAGAGGGAUGAUGAUCACGAAGGCCAUUACGUCUUUAAUCUCGGUGAAAAUCUCACUCCAAGAUAUAAAAUUCUUAGUAAGAUGGGUGAAGGCACAUUUGGUCGAGUUUUGGAAUGUUGGGACCGUCAAAAUCGAGAGUAUGUUGCAAUUAAAGUAGUCAGAAGCAUCCGUAAGUACCGUGAUGCAGCAAUGAUUGAAGUUGAUGUUCUUGAACAUCUGGCUAAGAAUGAUAAAGGCACCUCACACUUUGUGCAGAUUCGCAAUUGGUUUGAUUACCGCAAUCACAUUUGUAUAGUAUUUGAGAGGCUUGGACCAAGUUUAUUUGAUUUUCUAAAGAGAAAUAAAUACUGCCCAUUUCCUGUGGAUCUUGUUCGGGAAUUUGGACGUCAGCUUUUGGAAUCUGUAGCAUAUAUGCAUGAUUUACGCUUAAUCCACACUGACCUGAAGCCAGAAAAUAUUCUUCUUGUAUCUUCUGAAUAUGUAAAGCUUCCUGGCUGCAAGAGGAGUUCUUCAGAUGAAACACAUUUCAGGUGCUUGCCAAAGUCAAGUGCCAUUAAGCUGAUUGAUUUUGGUAGUACUGCAUUUGAUAAUCAGAAUCAUAGCUCCAUUGUUUCUACGAGGCAUUACAGAGCCCCUGAGAUUAUUCUAGGUCUAGGUUGGAGUUAUCCAUGUGAUCUGUGGAGUGUUGGUUGUAUACUGAUUGAACUAUGCACAGGUGAGGCAUUAUUUCAAACCCAUGAGAACUUGGAGCAUUUAGCGAUGAUGGAGAGGGUAUUAGGACCUCUUCCAGAGCACAUGAUUCGAAGGGCCAACCGGGGUGCUGAAAAAUAUUUCCGGAGAGGCUCAAGACUAAAUUGGCCUGAAGGAGCAGUAUCUAGGGAGAGUAUUAGAGCUGUUAGGAAGCUUGAUCGGCUGAAGAAUAUGGUAUCACAGUAUGUAGAGAGCUCAAGAUAUUCACUCGCAGACCUGUUGGAAGGAUUAUUGAAAUAUGAUCCAUCCGAACGGCUCACUGCGCGCCAAGCUCUAAAUCAUCCAUUUUUUAGGUAUCCAAAUUAGCUUGAAAGAGUAAAUUAAUGGUUUCGUAGUUCUUUGAUGUUUAUGGGAGACAAAUGGCGAAGGCCUGAAAUUUUGAGAUUCCCUCGUUUGUAUACUAAUAAUGUUGGUUUAUCGAAA